AUGGUGACACCCUGGAUUGAGCUGCUUAAGAAUUAUGACUCUGCGAUAGAGUAUCGUCCUAGUAAGGCCAAUGUGGUGGUCAAUGCUCUCAAUCGUAGAGCGAUGACUGAUUUCCGAGCGAUGUUCACUCGUCUUAGUUUGUUUGAUGAAGGAGGUCUGUUAGCCAAGUUACAAGUUGGGUGUGGUAGUACAUCUAAUUUUGGGUUGAAUAGGGAUGGAGUUCUGUGUUUUCGAGGUCGGGUUUGUAUACCAAAUGAUUUUGAUCUGAGGCAUUUGAUUCUAAGGGAGGGGCAUAGUAGCCCUUAUGCUAUGUAUCCUGGAGGUAAUAAGUUGUAUCAGGAUCUCCAUGAACUGUACUGGUGGUCGGGUUUGAAGUUUGGGGUUACAGAUUUUGUUGCUCGUUAUCUGACAUGCCAGCAAGUUAAGGCUGAGCACUAG